AAAAACCACCCCAUUUCACUUCCAUUUUUAUAAAUACUCACAUCUUUAACCCCUUUUUUCACAAUUUUUCACCCACUACCACCCCAUCUCUCUCACAUUUUAUAAACCACUCUUCCCUUUUUAUAAAAAAUAAUCAUAUUUUGUACCAUUUUUUACUCGCUACCACCCCAUAUCUCGCUAAAAAAUUAUCAUGGCUUCACCCGUUUCUUCAAUUUCUUCAAUUUCUUCUAUGUCUUCAUCGUCUUCGUCCGAGUGGUAUUCAUCGUCUUCGGAAGAGGAUGCUAUUAUGCACAACAUGAUUAUGAACGCGGCUGAGGUGUUCAUGGCGGCCGAUGAAGGGUCGUCCCAACGGCUAACUAGACGAGAAAAAUAUAACCGAGACCAAGAAGCCGGCCACGAUAAACUAGUAGCCGAUUAUUUUGCCGACGAACCCGUGUACCCAGCCGAGAUUUUUCGACGUCGUUUCCGCAUGAGUCGUCCACUGUUCUUACGUAUUGCAGGCGACAUGGCGCUGUCUGAUCCGUUUUAUUCAAAUUUCUGUUCCAGUUAGUGAGGAACAACAAGAUUUGAACGCCUUCGCUCUACGUAACGAGUACACACAUCACAACCUACAAGCGGACUUGGUGGAGUACAUUUGGAACAACGCUCAAAACGAACCCGCCCACCACAUGGAAGACGAAGACUAGUAGCUUAUUUUAAUAUGUUAGGAUAUUUUUAAGUUUUU